AUGUCACAACCAUGUCUUAAUGCAGCAACUUGUUUUCCGGAUGCAACAGUACCUUUAGGAUACAGAUGUGGAUGUCAAACAGGCUAUACAGGUAGUACUUGUCAAAAUGAUGAAAGAAUAUGUAAAGACAAUACAUGUUGGAAUAAUGGAACAUGUAUUGAAGUGAAUUCUACUACAGUUGACAAUAAUGGCACAACUUUCUAUUGCAAUUGCAGUGAAAGUUUUACUGGUGUGCAUUGUGAACUUAAAGUUAAUUUAUGUGUUAAUAUAACAUGUCAAAAUCAUGGUAUAUGUCGAACAGUUAACAUGAGUUGGAGUUGUAUAUGUUUAACUCCAUCACUUUAUUAUGGUAAUUAUUGUGAAAUUCAAACAAGUGCAUUAAAAGUUAAACAAGCGUUAAGUAAAUCAUUUGCAAGCGUUGCAAUAGUUGCUCUAGUAUUAACAUGUUCAUUUGUUAUUAUAAUGGAUGUUCUUAAAUACGUGUUUAAAAUUGAUCCUGUUAAAGCUGAAAGACUAAGACAACUACGAGCAAAAAAAGCAGCAAAAUCAAAACCAAAACCAAAACCAAAAGCACCAAAUGUUGCUAUUCGAUUUCAAUAUAUCGCAUAA